CAACGAACGAACACAACGUGCAAGUACAGUAUUUCCACCUUUCCUACUUGACAGAGGGCCAGUUUGAACCCCCCAUAGUGUAAUGCGUGUGUGACACUGUAGAAUAACAACCCUAUGGUGGUAGUGCAUUCAACAGUUGAUGACUCCAUUAAUAAUUUCUAAUAAUUGUGUGACAGUGCGCGUAUAAUGUGUUAGUAAAACGGUUUAAGGGUCUCGAGGGCCUGUGACGGGACGAGGGUCGGCAUUUAUCAUGCAGGCCCUUUGAAGUGCUUGGGACAUGAGUGUACGUAGCGGCUGGGGGGCCCUGGUGGGGCUGGUGGGGCUAUGGAUUUUGGUUAAAUGCAACGUAGUCGACAAUGAACUCGAUAAACUACAAUUUGAAGCGGCAUUUCAAGGACGAUGCGACAGAAGCAAUCCUUGCGAACAGUUGUGCUACGAAUUACACGACGGAAUGUACGAAUGUGAUUGUAAAGAAGGUUUUAUCUUGCGAGAAGAUGGUUACAGCUGUUAUGAAAUAAAUUCGACAGCGUCACCUCCGUCCUUGGAAGAGCUAAAAUACAACAGCGUCGAAGACAUUCUAUAUCAAAAAGACGCAGUGAUAGACAUCGUAGAACUCUUUCCCUCGAACACGACCGAUACCAAUAAAAUCUACAAACUAGAAAAUGCCGCCAUUAACGCUAUUAACGCAACGACGCCCUCCACCAAUAAACUCAAUUACACCACCCAGGGUCCCAGAUUGGAGCAAAAACGCACGUCGGAAAGUUUGGCCGUGUCUAAGCUUACGACGCCGAUACGAGCGGUGGCUAAUGCGAGGUUAACGGCAUCGUCUACCGUGAAACCGUGUCCGCUGGACUGUGGGCCAGGGGGUGGUUGUAGUUUGGAAAACGCAGAAGAAGUACCGAUGUGUCUUUGCCCGUUGGGACGUGGAGGAGAAAGGUGUGAAAUUGAAAAGGAGAUCCAAUCGCCGAGGUUUACGGGUUCCAGUUGGCUGGCCUUCCCGGCUUUACGAGGGGCCUACAAGCACGUUCAGCUCAGCCUGGAGCUGCGGCCCGAAGCGUACGACGGACUCUUCUUCUUGACGGGCGAGAGGGACGAUAUGGCCGGCGAUUUUAUGGCGUUGUUACUGCAUCAGGGAUUCGUCGAGUUCCGAUUCGAUUGCGGCUCAGGCGUCGGAGUGGUCCGCUCGGAAGAGACGGUUCUCUUGAACCAAUGGAAUCACAUCACCCUGUACCGGCAUCGGUGGGACGCGUGGUUGCAGUUAAACAACGGAAAACACGUGCAGGGAAGAAGUAAAGGCCUUUUCUCCAGAAUUACGUUUAGGGAACCAUUAUUUAUCGGCGGUCCAGGAAAUACAACGGGAUUAACGGAGAAGCUGCCCGUUUCGAACGGGAUGAAGGGAUGCAUAAGGCAUUUAGAAGUCAACGAUCACGUGUAUAAAUUCGCAUUGGAGCCGAAGGGGGAGGCGACCAAGGGAUAUGGAAUUGAGGAAUGUACGGCUGACCGCUGCAGCCACGUGCCCUGUCAACAUGGCGGCAAAUGCCUUACUAGCGAUAAUUCAGCCAUCUGUCUGUGCCCGUUGGGGUUUUCCGGGGACUUGUGCGAGAUCCGGGUUGAUUUACAGGUCCCUUCCUUCAACGGUUCCAGCCAUCUAAGGUACCGAGGAUUAGCCGAAAGUGCCCUGACUUGGCUUGAUUUGGACGUAACAUUUAAACCCACGUCUCCGGAUGGUCUCCUUAUCUACAACGGUCAUCGAAUAGACGGAUCUGGUGACUUUAUUGCGUUAUAUCUGGAGGACGCCUACAUAAUAUUUACAUACAAUUUGGGUACUGGUGCUGUAUCGGUGAAGACUCAGCAUAAAGUGUCAAUUGGGGAAUGGCAUCAGCUAAGAAUAUCGCGUACUGGUCGUUUAGCUAUACUUUCCGUAGACAACCAGCUUCCUGUGGAAGUGCUAAGUCCUGGAGCUUUUACUCAGCUUUCCCUGCCGCAAAAUAUGUAUCUAGGAGGCGUUCCAAACUUUGGUAUAGUAUCGCCGCUAGUUUCUGCAAAAUCUUCUUUCGUCGGAUGCAUCCAGCAGGUGGAAAUUAAUGGUAAUCCAGUUGCAAUCCUUGCUGAAGCUCUAGGAGGCGCUAACGUUGAUAAUUGUCCGCAUCCUUGUGUCGCUAGACCUUGUGGGGAAGAUGGGGAAUGUAUACCUGAAAUGGAGUAUUUUUCGUGCAAAUGUAAACCGGGCUACAGGGACCAUUUAUGUUCGAGGGGACCGCCAUUUUUCCACGGCACAAACAGCUACAUCCACCUUAAGGACAUCUCCACCAUGGACGCCAUUUCCUCGGAUCAUUUCGUGGUAAAUGUCAGAUUUAAAAUCACCUCCCAGACCGGUUUGCUAUUGUGCGCCUUCGGAGGGGGUAGCUUUCUUUCUUUGGGGUUGGAGGACGGAGCUCUGGUGCUUCGAUUCAGCAUCAAAGAAGGCGAAGAGGAAAUCAAAGUAGUUCAUAAUUCGAGUACGGUGCACGAUCGGCUGUGGCAUCGAGUUAAAGCUGUCAGAACUGGAUCGAUAGGCCUCCUGUUAGUCGACAAUGGUGCAGCUAUAACCCGACAAUCAGUCGAUUUAUCGAAGCAGAGAACGUUCAACCCGAAAGACGAAGGCCUAUACAUCGGAGGCAUGCCUCAAACAGCCCUCCAAUCGCUUACGAAGUACACCACCAGCAUCGUGGGCUGCGUAGCCGAUUUAGUCAUCAAUACGGACCUGCAUCUGCAGCUGAUCACCCAUUCGGAAAUAGGCCACAACAUCAGUGAGUGCGAGGCAUGAACGUGAACGCGUCAAUUAAGAAAUACAUAAAUAUAAAAAAAUAAAAAUAAAUAAAAAGUCAAUAUUUAGCGCAAUUGAGACCAAACAAACUGACCGGCGCCCGAGGGCCUAGAUUUUUUAGAUGAAGUGUGUGAAAAAAAAGUAAUUCUUCUAUCUGGAACGUUUUCCUUAAUCUUCACCUGAAAACAUUUGUGUGCUAUAAUUGUGUGAACAAAAACAUAAGGCUGAUUACCGAGAGUUUCAACUAGUCGAGAUGCGGUUAUGACAAUUGAUAGUAGAGUAGCAACGGCUGUUGUUUUUGGUUUGACAUCAAACGACUAAAAACUGGUACUGACCACGGUAACUAACAAAGGGCUAAAAUGUAUCAAAGUACGAGUAAAAUCCAUUUUACACUUUAUAAAAAAUAUAAUAAAUUAAAUUUCACGAUUGCUCUUCUGACAAGUAAAAAGCGAGCUGCAAUUGUUUGCUGUUAAGUGUUUCAGUGUCUUCAAGGUCAAACAAUCAUAAUCCCUUUUGAAAUAUUCCUACAAAAUACUUGAUGUCAUCCAAAAUCAGCAAUAAAGAUUGCAGUACCGAGCUAGCAACUACAUGCCAUUAGGUCUUGAUUUUUUGGACACCAGUUAUGUCUUGUGAGCAAAAGUAUAACGUAUUAUUCAAUAUGUCAUUUGAAGAGGUUAAAAUGAUGUCAUGCUACCUAGUCAAAAUGACGUCAUGGUAUUUCAUCAAAAUGGUAUUACUUUUUGGAUAAGAUAUUCCAACAAUAAGUUUCAAUUAUAAUACCACAAGAGUUAGGAAUUUUUUGAGAAUGAUUUUGUUUGAUAAAACAACAAAAACUUUUAAAAAAAAUUCUCACCCAGCGUAUUACUUGGAAAGAUUAUUUAACAAUACAAACAGAACUUUCAGCUAAAAUUUAACGCAAAUUUUAUUUAUUUACAAAAUUAUAAUUAAUACAAAUGCAGUUAUCAUGAUCAAUAUUUGCUUUAUUUCCGUAAGAUAUAGCCGAAAAAGAAGUUAUUUUUAAUUUUUUGACAAAUUUCAUAUCGACGUUCUGCACAAAUUAUUGAUGUUACUCUGGUGAUGAAUUCAUUUUUUAAAAUCCAAUUGGUAUUGAGUGAAAACACUGCGACAUUCAGUUUGGUGUGAUUGGCGUGUGUUAAAAAAAGAAGAUUGUCAUUAGUUAAUUUAUUAGAGUGUUAAAUAAUCAGUACAAUGUUAUAAUAUAUAUUAUAUUCAAUGAAAGUUAACAAAACGUAAAUACUUCAAACCAUAGGCAGAAAACUGUAAAAGUAACAAAAUGAAAAGGUAACCAAAAAGUCGAAGGGUGUAAACAUAUGCGUAAUAAAAAACACUAUAUAUAAUACAUGUAUGAUAACAAAAUAUACUAGUAUAAUAAUCAAUUUUCUAAAUAAAAAGAGGUAUAUCAAAAGAGAAGUUUGAAACUUAAUUAAUUUUAUUUUUCUGUGUUACUAUCAACUCUUUGUGGUGCGUAUUUAUAAACAACAUUUUGAUGACAUUUUCUAUUUGCCUGGUUGUGAUUAAAGCUGACGUAGAUUUGAUAGAAACUGUUAACAAAUAGUCUUUAAUCGUAAAAUUUCAAAAGAAACUACAGAUUAAGAUAUUUAUAAUAUUUAUAGAUUUUCGCUUAUUUCUAUU